GGAAGAUCUCCUCCAGCGCGAGCGCAUAGCUUAUGAGCUCGUCAUGGCGGCAACUGCACUGCAGUGACUGAGAAUUAGGCGGGCCCUGGCCCUGGGCCUGCGCCUGGCCCUGUUGACAGUGUGAGCAAAUGAUGCAGCCAUUCCCCUUGUCUUGACAAAUCUGAUUGAAGCAAUCCUGUCAUCUCGUUGGAGAGGAACUGCUUUCGUUUGUGAAAUCAGCGGGAGUGAAUCUCUUGAUGUAGUCACUAACUUUGACUUGCUUAAUUUGGAGCUUUUAUCUCUAAACACGGGAAAUGUGAAGCACAGUGCGCCGCAGCCAGCUCAAAUUUAAAAGCUGCUGGAUGCCCAAUUGCGAAGAUGCUGGGAUUGGCGUCCAAUACAACGUGCAGAUUCGUGAACGCAGUAUGCGGGACGAUUAGGCAUAUGCAAAACCGUAAAGAUCUUCAUAGAAGACAGCAUCUGGCAGCUAGUGUUUGCACGCUUAUUGGAACGGAAAGGCCAAUCUCGGCAAACCACGCUGGCAGUUGGCAGCGGGGAUCACAAGGUCUUCAACAUCGAGCAUUGGCUUCGGAGUUUUACAGGGUGCAAAAGCCAGCGCUUGACAAGGAAAGAAAGAAAACUGGCUCAAAAAAAGCUUCCUGGGAAAAUUCUCUGCCACUGGCUCUCAGCCAGUCUGUGCCAAGCUCCUCCUUUCCGGUUGCAACAUUGGCCAGAAGUGUGGGGCUAAAUACAGGGCUCACUGGAAAGACGGAAAGAGCUUGCAGAAUAGAUUGCAGCAGAAGUUUGCAUUUGGAUGCGGCGCCACCUUUAUUGCGAAAGGUACACAGCUUUGGGGCUCAGUCAACAUCGCAUGGCAGCGACGUGGCAGAGACGGCAGCACCGGCGCAGGAAGAAGUUGCAGUUGACGAGAUCCUAGCAUUCUGGUUCGGCGCCAGCGACCUAACAAAAGGUCCCCCACCAAAGAAAAUGACCCAGCGCUGGUUCAGGAAGGACCUGGACUUUGACAAGCUGUGCGAAAACAAGUUUGGACCGCUGAUCGAACGGGCGGCGAGGGGGGAGUUUGCGUCUUGGGAGGAGGAGCCAGCCAGCAACCUGGCCUUGGUGAUCCUUCUCGACCAGUUUAGCCGCAAUGUCUAUCGGGACACGCCGCAAGCGUUUGCUCAGGACGCUCAGGCUCUCAGGAUUGCCAAAAGGGCCAUUGAGCGAGGCUUCGAUCAAAAGUUCGGCUGCCUGGAGCGCUCGUUCUUCUACAUGCCCUUCGAGCACUCGGAAGACUUGGAGGAUCAAGACCGCGCCUGCCAGCUUUUCGUGGACCUGAAGUCGGCAGCUCCCGCCGACGUUGCCGAGCUCUGUGACGGGUUCCAUGAGUUUGCUGUGAAGCACAGAGAAGUCAUUCUCCGAUUUGGCAGGUUUCCGCACCGGAAUCAAAUAUUGGGGCGGAAAAGUACUUCGGAAGAACUUGACUUCCUGAAGCAGCCGGGCUCUCGUUUCUAACUUAUGGUGCAGUAUACAUUAUAGAGAGCGUGCCUGACGGUACAAGCUUUGGUUUCUUUGCACGUGAGGUACAUAGAGGGGCGCGACGUCAUGCAGUUCUCUAUAUAGAAGGACUUGAUGUAGUUUAUGUACUUGUAAGUAACCGAAGUACUGACGCGGUCAGAUGGAGAAGCGGUCUUGCAUCGGGCACUGGAGCUUCGAAGUCGAUCACGCAUUGCAAAUGCAAUCACGCAAUUGCGUCGAAACAUGUGACUAACGGUCACGUUUGUAGCCGCGCUGGGACACAUUUUAAUUUCUACUUCAAGCAUUAUUGGAUGUCAAGGAACUCGGAUCGAUCAGUUGAUCCAUGUGAAGG